AUGUAUGAAAUCCUGUCAUUGAGUGGAUCUUAUAUUCGGGGCGAGCAUGGUGGUAAAACUGGUGGUCUUAGAGUUUGUUUGUCUAGUUCAGAUGGUCAGAUCUUUGGUGGUGGUGUUGGUGGACUCGUAAAAGCUGCUGGUCCAGUUCAGGUGAUUCUUGGUACGUUUCAGAUAGAGAGGAAGAAGGAUGGAAGAAAUGGUGUGAAAGGAGAUGAAGCUUCUCUUUUACAAAAAAAAAAGGAGAUGAAGCUUCUGGAAGUGGAAACUUGA